AUGGGCUCCUCAACCAUGCAUAAGGCCUGUGAUACAUGUCGAGCCCGAAAAAUCCGAUGCAGGCCACUGGCAGAGUCUGCUUGCGAGUUCUGUAUCGCCAAACGACUCCAGUGUACCUUCAGCCCGGUCAAGAGACCCAGAAAGCGAAGGCUGGAUCAUCUAAGUGCGGGACAACCGCGGCUGUUCUCUACUACAGAGUCUCUGAGUUCGAACCCAGGAGGUCAUUCUCCGCAGAUCGACUUGACACUCCCUACACCGACGACUCAGCCCAGCUAUGUCUGGCAAAGUACAAAUAUCGACCGUGGUUUCUCCACCAGUGACCCACCUUUGGCUCCAGCCCGGCACGCAUCGCCAUCGUCUGCAAAUGCAGGAGCGAUAGAACAGCCACGACUGUACAUGGACUUCCUACUUGAAAAUCGCCAGGCCUCGCAGACAUGCAAAGCCGACAACCACGCAGACCAGUUGACUACUAUAUUAGGUCCGAACCCGAAUAUAUCCUUUUUCCCUGCAAACCGCGUCCGCUCCAUCAGUCAAAGAUUACGAAAUUGCCGACUCGAGCAGCUACUAGACACCAUUCGUGAUGUGCUAGCUGCCAAGAUAAAGUCCUCUAAUGCUGUCUCCGAAACAAAUCUGUUGCGAGAGCGACGGCGAGAUUCUGAUUGUUCUCCCGGGGAACCGAGUUAUGAAAAAAUGAAGUCAUACAUCGAAACAUAUCUGCAUGCCGUUCAUCCACUCUGCCCAUUCCUAUGUCCCGGGUCAUUCAAAAGAAGCGUUGAAGCCUUGGACCUUGAGCGGAACUUAGCCACGGACAAGCCGUGGGCAGCCCUCUAUUAUGCAGUAGUGGCUAUUGGCUGUCAGUAUAAUGAUGGAGGAAGCUUUGAGCCAGGACAGGGAGAGGCAUGGUUCUACUUCGCCAAAUCGACGUCGUUUUAUCAAGACAUAAUUCUGUCCAAGGCGUGUUUGACGUCCGUGCAGAUGCUGCAGGACUGCUUCGUCAGCUGUCCAGUACCCGUGAUAAAGGAGUCUACCUUCGAAGACUACGAUUGGUUUUUCAGCUUUCUCAAAUUCGCACGUAUCCAGUCCAAGAUACACAGUAGUCUUUUCACAGUCAGCCCCGUGCCGAAACAAUCGGUAGCGCAUAGCGCAGCAAUUCCGAAUCUCCGAAAGGAGGUGGAGGCCUGGAGGAUGUCGAUUCCUCUGCGCUUCCGGCCCGGCGAGCCCCUCAAACCCAGAAUGUUGCCGGAGCCGUUGGCAAUUCAGGUAGCCCUAUUGACGCAUUACUAUUAUCUCAAUGCAGUGCUUACGCUUUCUUGGGCCCUGUUGCAUGGCGGAAACGAUACGCUGAGCAUAAGAGAACAGCUCGAGUUGAAGAAGGAGCUGAUGCGCACUGCCCGCACGGUUAUUGAGUUAACGGCGUUUAUAGAGGUUUCCCCAUCCACCCCCGUCUGGAUUCUAGCCGUAAUGCCGCUUUCUGCUCUUAUGAUACUGUUCGACCUGGUAAUUCAUAAUCCUCAGCACCCAGAGACGAACCUUAGCUUGGCUCUCCUAGAUAUCGCCAGCGGCCACUUCAGUCGCAUCGAGGUUGCCAGUAAAGCCGUCCUUCCAGGCUCUUUGAUCGCCGAGUUUGCGCACCUGGCACGGCAGUAUGUGUCUGAUACCCGAGGGGCCAGAGAUCGACAAGGCGCCGGAGCGACUGCAGAACAACAAAGUACUGAAGCAGCUACUAACGCCUCCUUUGAGCCGUGUCACCCCACAAGUACUUCUGGCAAGACAUACUCAACCAAUGUUGGAGGCCCAGGACGGUCCUCAAGAACGAAUACAUUGACCUAUUCACAAGCCCAGGUACUGCAAUCACAACCUGAGCCUGUCUUACCCUUUAUGCAGGCUGUCAAGGAUAAUUCAAUACAUCCGCCGGGUCAGAUGGAGGGUACAAGUUCUGAUGAACAACACUCUCUUUACUUCCCUAUGACUGACGAUCCGAACUACCAGCUUGGGGAUCUGGGGAAUCUUGGGAUGUUGGGGGUUGACUUAAUGCAUUUAUUUGACACGGGAUACCCAUUUGUAGGAGACGAGGGUUCUCCGGUAAUAUGA